CCGCCCGCCCGCCCGCCAACGGCGGGGUCCCCGGCUUCGCGAUCUCUCUCGCUUCCCUCCCGCGCUCUCCGACGGGGGCCCAGCCCCGGGCCCUCUUUCCCUUCCCUCUCAUUUCUCUUCCGGACGCUGCCAUCAUGCUGAAGCCUCAGCCGCCACAACAGACCUCGCAGCCCCAGCCGCCGCCCCCCACGCAACAGGCCGUGGCCCGGCGGCCUCCCGGCGGGAGCAGCCCUCCCAACGGCGCUCCGGGGCCGCUGCCCGCCACCACGGCUCCCCCGGGGCCUCCCGCGGCCGUCUCCUCCUGCCUGGGGCCUGCAGCUGCUGCCGGGAGCGGGCUUCGCCGCGGAGCCGAGAGCAUCUUGGCGGCGCCAGCGCCACCGCAGCAUCAGGAGCGGCCAGGGGCCGUGGCUAUCGGCAGCGUCAGGGGACAGAGCACCGGAAAGGGACCCCCACAGUCACCUGUAUUUGAAGGUGUCUAUAACAAUUCCAGGAUGCUGCAUUUCCUGACGGCUGUGGUGGGUUCCACUUGUGACGUCAAGGUGAAGAAUGGCACCACAUAUGAGGGCAUUUUCAAGACUCUGAGCUCAAAGUUUGAACUGGCAGUAGACGCAGUACACCGGAAAGCAUCUGAGCCAGCAGGUGGGCCUCGGCGGGAAGACAUUGUGGACACCAUGGUGUUUAAACCAAGUGAUGUUCUGCUUGUCCACUUCCGAAAUGUUGACUUCAAUUAUGCUACUAAAGACAAGUUCACUGACUCGGCCAUUGCCAUGAACUCUAAGGUGAAUGGAGAGCACAAGGAGAAGGUGCUGCAGCGUUGGGAGGGCGGCGACAGCAACAGCGAUGACUACGAUCUGGAAUCCGAUAUGUCCAAUGGAUGGGAUCCCAAUGAGAUGUUCAAAUUUAAUGAGGAGAACUAUGGAGUGAAGACCACCUAUGACAGCAGUCUGUCUUCUUACACGGUUCCCUUGGAAAAGGACAACUCAGAAGAGUUUCGGCAGCGGGAGCUCCGUGCAGCCCAGUUGGCUCGAGAGAUUGAGUCGAGUCCCCAGUACCGCCUGCGGAUUGCCAUGGAAAAUGAUGAUGGGCGAACAGAGGAAGAGAAGCACAGUGCAGUUCAGCGGCAGGGUUCUGGGCGGGAGAGCCCCAGCUUGGUGUCCAGGGAGGGGAAGUAUAUCCCUCUGCCUCAGCGAGUUCGGGAAGGUCCCCGGGGAGGAGUCCGAUGCAGCGCUUCUCGAGGAGGACGGCCUGGCCUUAGCUCUUUGCCACCUCGUGGCCCUCACCACCUUGAUAACAGCAGCCCCGGCCCUGGGUCUGAGGCACGUGGUAUCAAUGGAGGCCCUUCCCGAAUGUCCCCCAAGGCACAGCGGCCUCUGAGAGGUGCCAAGACUUUAUCUUCGCCCAACAAUAGGCCUUCUGGAGAAGCUUCCGUUCCUCCAACACCUGCAGUGGGCCGGAUGUACCCUCCACGGUCUCCCAAGUCUGCUGCCCCCGCCCCAGUCUCGGCUUCCUGUCCCGAGCCUCCCAUUGGCUCAGCAGUAGUGUCCUCUGCCUCCAUCCCUGUGACAUCAUCAGUUGUGGAUCCUGGAGCAGGCUCUAUUUCCCCAGCGUCUCCCAAAAUUUCCCUGGCCCCCACAGAUGUAAAAGAACUCCCGACCAAGGAGCCCGGUAGGACUUUGGAGGCCCAAGAGCUGGCCCGGAUAGCUGGGAAAGUCCCUGGGCUUCAGAAUGAACAAAAACGAUUUCAGUUGGAAGAACUGAGGAAGUUUGGGGCCCAGUUUAAGCUUCAACCUAGUAGCUCCCCUGAGACCAGCCUGGAUCCAUUUCCUUCCCGGAUCUUAAAAGAAGAGGCCAAAGGAAAGGAGAAGGAGGUGGAUGGCCUAUUGACUUCAGAUCCCAUGGGAUCCCCAGUCUCCUCCAAGACAGAAUCCAUAUUGGAUAAGGAAGAUAAACCCUCCCUGGCAGCAGUAGGGGCCACUGAGGGGCCAGAGCAGCUCCCGCCAUCUUGCCCCAGCCAAACUGGCAGUCCCCCAGUGGGCCUCAUCAAGGGAGAUGACAAGGAGGAGGGCCCUGUGACUGAACAAGUAAAGAAGUCUACUUUGAACCCCAAUGCCAAGGAGUUCAAUCCAACAAAGCCUCUGCUGUCUGUGAACAAAUCUACCAGUACUCCCACUUCCCCAGGGCCCCGUACUCACUCAACACCUUCCAUACCGGUGCUGACCGCAGGCCAGAGCGGGCUCUACAGUCCCCAGUACAUCUCAUAUAUACCUCAGAUCCACAUGGGACCAGCUGUGCAGGCACCUCAGAUGUAUCCAUAUCCUGUAUCCAAUUCGGUGCCUGGGCAGCAGGGCAAGUACCGGGGUGCAAAAGGCUCGCUUCCCCCCCAGCGCUCAGACCAACACCAGCCAGCCUCAGCCCCUCCGAUGAUGCAGGCUGCCGCUGCUGCUGCUGGCCCACCCCUGGUGGCUGCCACACCUUAUUCCUCCUACAUCCCCUACAACCCACAGCAGUUCCCAGGCCAGCCUGCCAUGAUGCAGCCCAUGGCACACUACCCUUCACAGCCGGUGUUUGCCCCUAUGCUUCAAAGUAACCCACGAAUGUUGACAUCGGGAAGCCACCCCCAGGCCAUUGUGUCAUCCUCUACUCCUCAGUACCCCUCUGCAGAGCAGCCUACCCCCCAAGCCCUCUAUGCCACUGUUCACCAGUCGUACCCACACCACGCCACGCAGCUCCAUGGCCACCAGCCGCAGCCGGCCACCACGCCUACUGGGAGCCAGCCGCAGUCCCAGCAUGCGGCCCCCAGUCCUGUUCAGCACCAGGCGGGGCAGGCCCCACACCUGGGCAGUGGACAGCCACAGCAGAAUCUGUACCAUCCAGGGGCCCUAACAGGCACGCCGCCUUCUCUACCACCGGGACCUUCUGCCCAGUCCCCUCAGAGCAGCUUUCCCCAGCCAGCUGCUGUGUAUGCCAUCCAUCCCCACCAGCAGCUGCCCCACGGCUUCACCAACAUGGCCCAUGUUACCCAGGCCCAUGUCCAAACUGGAGUCACAGCAGCCCCGCCCCCACACCCCGGGGCACCCCACCCGCCCCAGGUGAUGCUGCUGCACCCCCCCCAGGGCCAUGGGGGGCCCCCCCAAGGCGCGGUGCCCCCGAGUGGGGUGCCUGCACUCUCAGCUUCCACACCCUCACCCUACCCCUACAUCGGACACCCCCAAGCUCCCCUUCCACCCCCCGGGGAACUGAAGAUUGUCCUGGCCGCGACCUGAGACCUCCAUGAGUGGAGGGAAGAGUGAUCUAUGUCUCUUCCCCCCAGCAGCUCGGACCAGUCCUAGCCCCGCCCCCAACCCCUUUCCCUUGGGGAGCUGGGGAAUUCCUGCCAAGCACCUUGAAUGGGAGGGGUCCUUGAAGUGGGCAGGGCUGGGGUCCAGCGGGGGUGGGGGAGGUUCCUGCUCUGCCCCUGCCGGGUCCCACCCAGUCUUGUCCUCCCAUCCUCUCAUCUAUCCCCCCGCUGGAGACGGAAGAUCUUUUAUUUUCUAUUAUUUAUAACCUCAGACUUGGGCCCCCUGUUCUUCCCCAUUAACUUGAGUAUCCUGUGUGAGAGACCGACAGACAGAUGCCUCAAGGACUUUUACUUUUUAUUACAUAAAAAAUUUUAAAAAAAUAAAUAAAAAAAAUAAAAUUUUAAACUAA